UACACUAAGAUUCACAGGUACAUUACACGCAAAACACAAACUCUCAUCAUCUUUCUCGUUUCAUUAUGCAUGUAAUCAUGAUUUCUUGGUCUCUUAACCUCGCAUGCUCCUGUUUCUAUAUCCUCUAGAAUAUCUCCUAUAAAUACCACUUCUCCUCCACUAAUCACCACUACUUCUCUACACACAAAAACAUUUCCUCUGUUCUGUUCUAUCGCCACACUUCCCCUGUUCUGUUUCACUCCCACAUCUUCUUCUGACCAUACAAUGGCAGUGUCUGGGUUCGAGGGUUUCGAGAAAAGACUCGAACUUCGAUUCUUCCACGACAACUCAACAACCAAUAAAAACCCAAUGGGCCUCCGUCUAAUCGACUUCGAAUCACUAGACCAAGUCCUAACCCAAGUGCAGUGCACGGUGGUCUCCGCCGUAGCGAACCGUAGCUUCGACGCGUACGUCCUCUCCGAGUCGAGCCUCUUCGUCUACCCAACCAAAAUCAUCAUCAAAACAUGCGGCACCACUCAACUCCUCAAAUCAAUCCGUCCUUUCAUCCACCUCGCGCGUACUCUCAACCUCACGCUACGCGCGUGUAGAUACUCUCGCGGCAGCUUCAUAUUCCCGAACUCACAGCCUUUCCCUUACACGAGCUUCGAAGACGAAGUCGUCAUCAUCGAAGAAAGCCUCCCGAAAUCUCUCCGUCACCGUAAAGCCUCCGUCAUGACGCCGUCUAAUAACCCCUCGCGUGCUUGGCACGUGUUCGCGGCUAGCGCUGACGUGGAACCUGAUGAGAGGGUCGUUGUCGUUGAGGUUUGCAUGACGGAGCUUGACCGAGUCAGCGCCCGGAGCUUCUCCAGACGGAAAGGGGACGAGAAAAAUAGCGAUUCCGCCGGGAAAGAGAUGACGCGGCUGAGCGGUAUCGAUAUGAUAAACGAAAACGCGUUUAUAUGCGAUUUCGCGUUUGAUCCUUGCGGUUACUCGAUGAACGGAGUCGACGGAGAGCGUUACUCGACGAUCCACGUCACGCCGGAAGACGGUUUUAGCUACGCGAGCUUCGAGUGCGGGUUGUCUUUAUACGACGACGACGGUCGUGGAGAUAUCGCGGAGGUGUUGACUCGCGCUAUUGAUGUUUUCCGGCCGAGUUGCGUCUCCAUCGCCACCACUUACGGCGGCGAGGAUUAUGACCACGAGGUGACGAAGCGAGUGGAGCGAGUGUUGGCGAAGAAGCUCGGUCUCAAGUGUCGGAGCAGACUAAUGGAUGAGUUUCCGGGAUCUGGAACAGUUGUUUUUCAGUCUUUCACGCCUCGCCGGAGAUAGGUGUCGCCGGAAGAGAACAAAAAAGGUUUUAGAUUUUAAUUUAGUCGAGGGGAGAAAGAAAAGGAAGGUGGUGACGUGGAGGGAAAUGAUUGGUUGACUUGGGUUUAAAAAUAUUAAGUGGGAACAUAUGAUUAGGCAUGCACCACUUUGCACCUGUGGCAGUGUUGUCAGUGUGUCACGCCUAAAGCAUUUUUGAGGUUCAGUGUUGUAGAAUUUUUUAGUGGCGGAGAAGGUAAAAAUGUUUGUUCCUUUAUUUCUUUCUUCUUUUCUUUGUUAUGUUUGUUUUUAUAAAAUUUAAAUCUCUUAUAUCAGA